AUGGCCGAAUCAUCCCCUCCGGAAGACGAAAGAAUUUACUACCCCGAGAUAGAUGUGGAGGAUUUGGAAGGAUAUAGGCCCGGCGGAUACCAUCCAACUCUUGUUGGAGACACCUUUUGUACCGGUCGCUACAAAAUAGUUCACAAGCUUGGAUUUGGUGCUUAUUCAACAAUCUGGCUCGCUCGCGACCAGCAUCUCCAGCGCUAUGUGUCGCUGAAGAUACUUGUUGCGGGAGCUUCGGAGAACAGUAAUGAGGGCAAAAUCAUCCAUCUAUUGACAAAAGGUGAUCCACAUUGCCGUGGAAGACAGUAUAUCCCGACCUUGCUUGACCAAUUCUCUUUUGAUGGUCCCAACGGACAUCAUCAGUGCUUGGUUGCAGAGCCUGCUGGCUGUAGCAUAUCCACUUCCAAAGAGAACAGUGCCAACUUUAUGUUUCCACAAGAUGCUGCUAGAUCCAUCGCCGCCCAGCUCAUCAUGGGCUUGAACUAUUUGCAUGAAAAUGAUGUAUGCCAUGGAGAUCUUCAUCUGCGCAACUUUCUUCUUCGCGUCCCGAGCUUUGAUAAUUUAACUACAACUGAACUGCACGAACAUCAUAGCAAGCCAUAUGAGAUUCCUACCCGGCGUCUUGAUGAAAAGCCUAGCAUACCACAUGCACCACCACAUGUCAUUUAUCCCAUGCUUUGGAACAUACCUGCGAACAAAGUGAUAGAUCCUGAGAUUAUUAUCUCAGACUAUGGGGCAUCUUUUGAGGGGGUGUAUUCCCCCCCAGAAGAAUUCUUCAAUGACCACAUCACCACUGCAGCUGAUGUAUGGACCCUGGGUGUUGUCCUAUAUGAUGCUUUGGGCGAGCGCCCGCUUUUUGAAACGUUUGCAUGGGACCCAGAUGACAUCAUUGCUGAAAUGGUCAACACCUUGGGACAAAUGCCUGAAAGGUGGUGGGACUCCUGGGCAAACCGCUCUGAGUUCUUCAACCGAGAUGGGUCCUGGAUCACCAACUUCCAGCGCAUCAGCACACCUGUAUUCCGUCGUCUUCACCAGCGGAUGUGGGAUAUGGGCCGGGGUGAGACACAAGAAACGUGUGAAUGGGAUGUUGCUAGUGGCGAGUUCAAAGCUCUAGAGGAUAUGCUGCGAGCUAUGAUGACAUUCGAACCAGCCGAGAGACCGACGGCGAAGCAGCUCAUGAUGUCUGAGUACAUGGUGAAGUGGGCCAUGCCGGCAUGGGAGAGGCAGAUGGAACGAAAAAGGUCUUACACUGCUGUGGACCAAAGGAGGUAG